CUCUCCCGCCCAUUUCGAGAGACUUAAAUUGAGCAGAGCGGCGCGUGGUGUCAGAUCGUGGAGGACUCAGGUCUUAGAAGACUUGCAAAGCUACACAUUUAGCUUAAAUAUUUUUUUCCCCUUUAAAUAAAACUUAAGAAUUGAAAAUCGGUUAUAAGAAAUUAUAUAUUUGUGGAGAAUUUUGAAAGAGUCGUCUUUGCCUGGAACAGCAGGGAUCCCGCGCGCGCCACCCGCCACCGGACGUUCAACGCUCGUGACAAACUAAGCGGCAUUUUUUACCUUGAAUGUGGCAUUACUUCCCCACAGCACUGGCCACAACAUGGAUGCUUGCUUUGUCUGCAUAGCUUCCAAGAGCCAAACAAGCCUCACAAAUAACACUAUACUCAGGGGAUAGCAGUAGCUUCUGCCCCCUUUCACAUCAUCUCGUUUUUAUUGAAGACGAAAAAGGAGCCAAGUAAAUUAUUUUAGUUUACAUAUUUAUUUUUCUCUUGUACUAAAGGGUGAAGAAAAUCUACACAUUAGUACCUCAUUUUUGUAAAUUAUUCAUUUUUUUCUUAAAGAAAAUAUUUUUUAUUAAUUUAUUUGUAAAGAAUUGCUUUCAAAGUAAGAAUAUUGAAAGAUGGAAUUGACUACUAUGGCUUCUCUGGUUGCAGUCACUACGGUGGCUGUAGCCUCUCCAUUGUCUGGCUACUUGUGGCUCCUUGUGUUGGGUUUCGUCAUUGCAUUCAUCUUGGCUUUCUCGGUGGGUGCCAAUGAUGUGGCCAACUCCUUUGGCACAGCUGUGGGCUCUGGUGUGGUCACCCUCCGGCAGGCUUGUUUCUUGGCCACUGUGUUUGAGACUCUGGGCUCCAUCCUGCUUGGGGCCAAGGUCAGUGAGACCAUUCGCCAAGGCAUCAUUGACGUGUCCAUGUACAACGGCUCGGAGCCGCUCUUGAUGGCUGGAUCCAUUAGUGCCAUGUUUGGGUCAGCUGUGUGGCAGUUGCUGGCAUCCUUUCUGAAGCUUCCCAUCUCUGGCACCCAUUGUAUUGUGGGAGCCACCAUUGGUUUUUCCUUGGUUGCAAGAGGUCAGCAAGGGGUUAAGUGGAUGGAGCUGGUCAGAAUUGUGGCCUCCUGGUUUCUCUCGCCGUUGCUGUCCGGUAUCAUGUCUGCCAUCCUCUUUUACUACGUUCGCAAGUACAUCUUGAACAAGGAGGACCCAGUGCCCAACGGCUUGAAGUCCCUCCCCAUCUUCUAUGCAGUGACCAUGGGAAUCAACCUGUUUUCCAUUCUGUUCACAGGCGCUCCAUUGCUGGGCUUGGACCGAAUCCAGUGGUGGGGCACACUGCUCAUCUCUGUGGCCUGUGCCCUCAUCACGGCUGUCAUUGUUUGGUUCAUCGUCUGCCCACGCCUCAAGAAGAAGAUCGAAUGUGAAGCUAAGUCUAGCCCCUCGGAACGUCCUUUGAUGGAGAGGGAUGGUUUGAAACCUGUCACAGAAGAAUCUCCAAAACCCGCUCCCCCCAACCCUGCUCCCCAGACUCCACCUCCCUCAGAAGAGCGGCGAGUGGCUUUUAACAUUGGUGAAUCUGAGGAGACGGAUGAGAAGGAUGCCAAGAAUGUCAACAGUACUGAUAGCACUGUCCAGAACCCGGGUCAUGUCCAUUUCAGCAAUGGCACCAUCCAGGUCCCUGGCAAUGGCUAUAGCCAGUAUCACACAGUGCACAAAGAUUCAGGUUUGUACAAGGACCUGCUACACAAGCUGCACCUGGCUUCGGUGGGCGAGUGCCUGGGUGAGUCUGGUGAUCGGCCUAUCCGCCGCAACAACAGCUACACAUCCUACACGCUGGCCAUCUAUGGCAUGCAUGGGGACAACCUGCGGCCCAAGGAGAAUGAAGCAAAGCCAGGUGACGAGGUUGAGCGUGACAAGAAACGAGUGCGCAUGGACAGCUACACCAGCUACUGCAAUGCUGUGGCAGAACCAGGUGUGACUGAGGGUGCGGCAGGUGCACAGGUGACGCUGGAGAUGGGAGACAGCAACAGCAGCCAGGGUUCAAUUGAUGAAGAUGGGCUGGAGCAAGACCGGCCAGAGGUCUCUCUGCUCUUCCAGUUCCUGCAGAUUCUUACUGCCUGCUUCGGCUCCUUUGCUCACGGUGGCAACGAUGUCAGCAAUGCCAUUGGACCACUUGUGGCCCUCUGGCUGGUGUAUUCCAAUGGAGCGCUGGUCUCUGGUGUUCCUACUCCCAUAUGGCUGCUGUUCUAUGGUGGAGUGGGCAUCUGUGCAGGUCUCUGGGUAUGGGGUCGCAGGGUCAUUCAGACUAUGGGCAAGGACCUGACCCCAAUCACCCCCUCCAGUGGAUUCAGUAUUGAAUUAGCCUCUGCUGUGACUGUUGUGGUUGCUUCCAACAUUGGUCUUCCUGUCAGCACCACCCACUGCAAGGUGGGCUCCGUGGUAGCUGUGGGCUGGCUGCGUUCCAGGAAAGCAGUAGACUGGCUUCUGUUCCGCAACAUCUUCUUGGCCUGGUUUGUGACCGUGCCCAUUUCUGGGCUCAUCAGCGCUGCCAUUAUGGCCAUCUUCACAUAUCUCAUUUUGUAAGCAAGGCUGGGCCUUGCUGUAGCCCCAACUUGACUGCUCAUAUACCUGCAGUGUUUGUGUGUUUGUGUGUUUCCUUUUGAUAUGUUUUGUUUCUGCAACAUUGUAUUGUCAGUGGUUAUAUUUAGAACAUUGCAAUGUCAUAUGCUCACCUGUACUUUACUUGCUGAUCCUUUUGCCUCUGUGUACAUAACCAAUCAAAACAGAUUUUGAAUGGGUUCUUCAUAGAUAUUUUAUGAUUUAACAUUGUAUUCCUAAAUUGGGUCCUUUCAUUUUUAUACACAGACGAGUUAAAAUGACAGAGGAGCACUUGCAUGCAGCAUUAGCAUUUAGACAAUAUGAAUCGUUAAUGUAGUGCACACUAUGUAUUGUAGUGCACAUUAUGGAGCAAUGCAGAAAAUAAGUGCCAUUUGGUCCAGUAUAACUUUUUUCAUUGUUUACUCAUAGGGAGAGAAUCAUUUUGGCAAUGAAAUGUUUUACUCUUGAGUUUGUUAAACCAUCUUGUUGAUAAUAGAUAAAGGUGAAAAACUUGGAAGCGAUGUAAGAGUAACUUAAAUUUCCUGACCACUUGAUUGUGCUAAACUGUAGAUAAGUUUAUUUUGCUUGCGAGAAUGACAAGUUGAAUUAGAUUCAGCCUUGUGAGCUUUCCCUACAAUUUUACAUAUGAGAGGCAACUUAAAAACAGAAUUGUCACUUAUAGCCUUGCCAAAGGCAAGUUUUUCAGGAUUCUGGUAGUAAGAUUAGUGUCUACCAUCUUUUAAUCCCCAUUUAUCAGCCAGAGUGGUUCCUGGGUCUUGAGGCCUUGGUUGGUGAAAGGUGAGAUUUUGGUGCAGGAGAAACAGGUAAAAUGUUGCAUGUGGAGCUGUGUGGGGUCUGAAGGGGCCUAACAUUGCAACAAAACAAAAAUACACAUUGUGUAUUAGGAACUGGACAGCUGCUGUAAAUGCCUUUAUUUUUUUGGUACCAAAGACUGGAGUGUUUUCCAGUGUGUAUAAACGUAUGUAGUCUUCCCAAAAAAGGAAGGGGGGGGAACAAAUAAACAUUAAAAUUUCCAA